AUGAUGACAUGGACUUCCACUACGGAACAAAAAAAAACAUGAGAGAGAGAGGUAGAGAGAGAAACAGGGAUUUAAGCUACAGGCUCCAUGCAAGAUCGGGACGCGCAGCACUGAGCAGAGAGUUUGCAGGAUCACGAGGGAGAAGCAGACAAAGGAGGUCAGUGGAUACAGGGUACAGGAGUGUUAGCAGAAGCAAGAAGUUCAACCAUGACUGGGGGUACAACAGAGGAAUAUAUAAACAGGCUACAACCUUUUUCUUCUCAAAUAUUCCAAAUGAUUGGAACUACAAUGACAUGUGGAAAACUUUCGGUAGAUAUGGAAGGUUGAUAUCAAUCUAUAGUCCACAAAGAAGAAAUCAAUUCGGAAGGAGGUUUGGUUUCCUCAAAUACAUUGAGGUAAGAAAUGCGAGGGACCUGGAAGUGAAACUGGACCAAAUCUGGGUCGCUGGGCGGAAAAUAUGGGUUAACAUUGCCAAAUACCCGGAGGAGAAGAUUGUAGCCAAGAAGAAAAGUCUACUCUCAAAACCGUCUAUGGUGGUAGAAGGGAAAUCCUAUGCAGAUGCUGUCAAAGGCCAGGAAGAAAUUAAAUAUGGUAAAACAGGGUCUCAACUAAAGCAGAUAAGAUCAGAGACGGUGUAUGGCAAAAAAGGAAGCAUCCUCAAAAACAGUAAAACAGAACAGAGGAAGAUAUGGAGAGUAAAAAACAGAGGGACAGAAUGGAGAGGAUUGGAAUACAAUGUGAAGGAAGAAGAUUAUGAGUGGCUUCAAGGCUGCUAUGUUGGUAUUGCCCAUUCAGUUGAGAUGGUUCCCAACAUCCAAGAGAAAUUUUAUAUAGAAGGAUAUUUCUCAUGCCGGCUAAGGGCGAUGGGAGGCAAGAUGGUUCUCAUGGAUUGCGAGGACAAAGAAGAACUAAAGGAUUUAGUUCAGGGAGCUGCAGAUUGGCUGGGGCAAUGGUUCUCUGAAGUUAAACCCUGGUCACCUCUUAUGGUGGCAAAAGAACGGUUCGUCUGGAUUAGAUGUCAAGGAACCCCUUUGCAAGUUUGGGGUCCUGCGUUCUUUGAGUCAAUGGCAGUUCCAUGGGGCAAAUUUAUAUGCCUGGAUGAUAGUACAAGUCAGAAAAGGAGAUUUGAUAUAGCGAGAUUCCUCAUAUCAACCCAGAUAAUGGACCUCAUCUCAGUCAAAAGGCAGAUUACAGUGAAUGGGGAGGUGUACUGUCUCAAGUUCACUGAGGAAGAGAUGACUAACAGUCUUUUUUCUCUGAGAUAUGAUUUCCUUCCAAGCUUUAAAAGUGAUUCAGAGCAUGAAGAAUACUGGUCGGAGGCCAGCGAGUAUGACGAUGAAUGGCAAGAUGAUGAAUGGGGAACCAACAGGGAGAGGGCCGGGGAAGAAGAAAAAGCCGUUGGUGAUACAGUGGGCCACAGUACAAAUGACAGAAGGCAAGCCGUCAGUGCAGCAAACGAGGAAGAGUUUGAAUUAGAAGAAAGAGGUGAUGAAGCGGGACAAUUUGAAAAAGCUGAAGGAAGUCUCCAAUACCGGUUAAAAGAAUGGGAUACUGCAGAAGAAGUAGCUGACAGCAUUGUUGAAGGAACAGUGUAUGAAGUUCAGGUUGGACGAGAUGAGAAAGGCAGGGAAAAAGAAGCUAGUUCAACCAACCAAAUUAGCUCAGACCCUAUCCAAGCAACGGGGGAAGAGUUACGGUUUGAGCAAGUUGCACAAUCAAAAGGUAAUAUGGGCCAUAAUCAAAAUGUUGUAAAGGGCUUGGUAGAGAGAAAAUGGGCCUGCAACAAAAAGGGAGCAAUAGACCGGACAGGGCCCACUCUACUAAAUACAAAAACAAAAAAGAAAGGGAGGAUAAUUAACUUGAAAACUCUGGAAGAUGUCCGAAGAACCCACAGUAGCUCGUUGACGGCAGACAAAGGGAUUGAAGACAGCAACGGGAUGGAUGGGUCGAAUAAAGUAGGAGUUUCUACUCAGCGGGUGAGCGAAGGUGACGGAAUUCAGAUGAUGAUCUCAAAGCAACCACAAGAAGCCGGAAUUUCUGCUCAGGUGGAGCUCGUAGAGAAGGAAGUGCAGCUGCAGAUCUUGAAGAAGAAGGGACCGAAGGGGGCUAAGGAGGUAACCUCGGUAGAGAAAGAGGGGGAUCCGGUUCAGUGGGAGCACGAGCAUGAAGCAGCGCAGUUGCAGAUCCAGAAGCAGAAGGGAUCGAAGGGGGCAGAGGCGGGAUUUUUCGAAGAGGCAGAGGGGAUCUCUGUCCAGGUCCCGGUCAACAAGAACAGAAAGAAAAGGUCAAAGUCAUGCCACGCGGUGUAUCUCAAGGCUCAGCUGUCAGGGGUGAUGAUUCGGAACAAAGAGGGCAGAGGGAGACCCAAGGAGAGCAAGCCAGGAACAGUGGAUUUUCCAGAAUUUCUGUCAAAUGGAAGAAACUCAGUGGCGGGUGACUCAGUUGGGGAUAGCGGGAUUGAGAAUUGCAACCGUAUCUUGAAAGAGGAACAAAGUAGGAAAACAGCAGAAGAUCUAUGGGAUUUUGCAAAAAGAAUUGGGGUGGUUGCAGAGGAUGAGGUAGGUGUAAUUCGGGAUUUAGAGGAGAUGGAGAGAAGAGACAGAAAAGAAAAAGAAGCGGAAGGCUCCAAGGGAGGGAACAAGCAUAAGAAGGAAACUAAGAUGGUAGGGAUAAAUAGAAGUUCUUGUAGAAUGAUAUGGGGAUCAGAUGAUUUUGAAUGGGUUGCCAGGGAUGCAGAGGGUUUGUCUGGAGGUAUGCUGUGUAUUUGGAAUUCCAAAAAAUUCAAAAUGGGUAGAGUGUUGGCGGGGAUGGACUUUAUAGGAGUGGAAGGGGCCUGGGGUGUUGAACAGUGUCCAGCAAGUAUUAUUAAUGUAUACUCCCCAUGUCAAUUGGGAAAAAAGAGAAUUCUAUGGGAGGAGCUAAAAGCUCUAGUAGCUGGGAGAAGUGGGAAUUGGUGUAUUAUGGGAGAUUUCAAUGCUGUAAGGAAAGUGGGGGAAAGAGGAGGGAGUAGAGAAAUAUCAACGGAAAUGAGGGAGUUUGAUGGCUUUAUCAGAGAUGUGGGUUUGGUUGAUCUACCGUUAAUAGGGAGAAAAUUUACAUGGGUACAGGCGAGUGGCCACCAUAUGAGCAGAAUUGACAGGUUCCUGCUAUCGGAAGGAUGGUUGAAUAAAUGGGGUGAUGCCAAGCAGUGGGGACUCAAUAGGACAGUUUCUGACCACUGUCCAAUUUUGCUGAAACAACAAGUAGUUGAUUGGGGGCCUAAACCGUUCAAAUUCUUUGAUUCUUGGUUAGAGCAAGAAGGUUGUAGAGAGUUGAUUAAAGAGACUUGGAGUAAGGCAGAUAUCCAAGGCUGGGCGGGAUACAGAAUAAAAGAAAAGCUGAAGCUGAUCAAGGAAGCCCUAAGAAAAUGGAGCAAGGACUUUGCUCCUGAGAUUGAUAACAAAAUUAACACUGCCACUACAGAAAUUGCACAGAUUGAUCUAAAAGGAGAAGCGGUCCAACUGUCGGAAGAGGAAAUCAAAAAAAGAAGGGAAGCCUUCUUAGCUCUGUGGGACUCCAUCAAGCAUAGAGAAAGCAUGCUGCAACAAAAAUCAAGGAAAACAUGGCUGAGGCUGGGUGAUGCCAACACUAGAUUUUUCCAUAACUGUGUCAAAGGGAGAUGGAGGAGGAGCGAGAUAAACAGUGUUCAAGUAAAUGGAGCCCAGAUUGCAGAAGCGAGACAAAUGAAAGAGGAGAUUUCCUCGUUUUUUGAGCAGUUAUACAAGGAAGAAAAGCAAGAAAGACCAAGACUAGAUGGGGUGGUUUUCCAGCAAAUCUCUCAGGACGACAAUGAAAUUUUAAUUGCUCCUUUUUCUGAAGAGGAGAUCAAAGAAGCCAUAAGGGACUGUGACAGCUCAAAAGCACCAGGUCCAGACGGUUUCAAUUUCAAGUUUGUCAAAGAUCAGUGGGAGGUUAUCAAGGCAGAUGUGAUUCAAUUCCUACAAGAAUUCCAAGGAAAAAGCAAGUUGGUGAAGGGGUUAAAUACCUCUUUCAUUGCCCUAGUACCGAAGGUUGAUAAUCCACAGAAGAUUGAGGAGUAUAGACCUAUAUCCCUCAUUGGAGUGGUGUAUAAAAUUCUGGCAAAGAUAUUAGCCAACCGCCUCAAAAAGGUUCUGGAUACGGUAAUUGGCGACCAGCAGAUGGCAUUCUUAAGGGGAAGGCAGCUGAUGGAUGGAGUAGUAAUUGCAAACGAGGUGGUAGAGGAAGCAAAAAAGAAGAAGAAAAAGGCUUUCUUGUUCAAGAUAGACUUUGAAAAGGCCUACGAUAAGGUGAGCUGGGAUUUCCUAGAUUAUAUGAUGCAGAGGAUGGGUUUUUGUGCAAAAUGGAGGAAUUGGAUACAAGAGUGCCUAAGAACUAGUCUGGUUUCAGUCCUGGGAUCAUUCCCCUUCAAAUACUUAGGCAUCCCGAUUGGGGGACGCUACGGGAAGAUUGCCUUCUGGAAACCGUUGAUAGACAUUUUCAGCAAGAAAUUAUCCAAAUGGAAGGGUCGGUUUCUAUCCCUCGGAGGUCGCAUUACUCUUAUUAACUCAGUGCUCGAUAGUCUCCCGGUCUUCUGGAUGUCGGUAUACUUGAUACCCAAAGGUACGAUUCUGCUCCUUGAUCAAAUUCGCAGACGAUUUUUAUGGGGUGGGACUGAAGGGGGUAAGAAGAUCAAUUGGGUAAAAUGGGAAGUGGUGUGUAAGGAUAAGAAGAAAGGUGGUUUGGGAGUAAAAGAUCUUAGGAAGUUCAAUAUGGCUCUCUUAGGAAAAUGGUGGGGGAAAUUAGUGUCGGAGGAAAAAGGGCUAUGGAAAAAAAUUAUUUUUGAAAAGUAUGGGAGGGCGGGGGAACAUAGCUACUACUGGCUGAGAAAGGAGAAUAACAGUGGAACAAAAUGGUGGAGGGACAUAUGUAGAGUAAACACAAUAGCAGGGGAAAAAAGGGGAUGGAUAGCUGAUGGUUUUAAUUUAAAAGUAGGUGAAGGGGUUAGUACUAAAUUCUGGUGGGACAACUGGAGAGGGGAAGGGUGCCUUGCUAACAAAUAUCCUAGACUUUACUCUCUAUCUACAGGGAAGGAUGACAAAUUCCCCCAAAUGGGAGAAUGGCUUAACGGUAAAUGGGAAUGGAACCUUCAAUGGAGACGAAACCUCUUCAGCUGGGAAACUCAACAAGCAGGAGACUUACAAAAGGACAUUCAAGACAUAAGACUCAUUAGAGGCAAACCGGACCUUUGGGAAUGGGCUCACAGCAAAGAUGGAACUUACUCCACAAAUUCAGCAUAUCAAAUACUCACAAGGGAGACUAGAACGGAGCAGCAUGGAAUGGAACUCCAGAAUGUAUGGAACAAGCUGAUUCCCAACAAAAUCUCGGCUUUUUCAUGGCAAUUACUGCAGGACAAAAUCCCCACAAAGCUUAAUCUGCAUAAAAGAGGUAUUAUUCCAACUCUUGAAGAUUGCAAAUGUGCCCUAUGUGGUAGGGAAGCAGAGAAUACUAGUCACCUCUUUAUACACUGUAAUUUUGCUUGGCAUCUUUGGAAUGCUUGUUUUAAAUGGUGGGGUUUUAUACAUGUGCUUGAUAAAGACUGCUGGAAGGUGUUCCAGCAGCUCCCAAACCCACUUAGUAGAGCAAAAUGGAAGGAGGGAUGGGAAUGCAUUUGGUUUGGUAUUGUUUGGUCGUUAUGGCUUGCUAGAAAUGAGAAGAUCUUUCGAGAGAAGGAACCAGACAGAAGGAGGCUCUUGGAGCUGGUGCAAAUAAGGACAUUUAGAUGGCUAAAAAGUAGAGACGGAGGCUGUGUCUUCUCCCUAUCAGAUUGGCUCCAUAAUCCAACUGAUUGUCUGACCAGCAUCUGCAAGCAACAAGCAAAGUCUCACAUACAGCCAAAGGCACGUCCAUCCCUCCAGGAUUGAUUGUUUUUUGUCACUCAAUUUGUAACUUUCUCAAUUUAGUGUUGGCCUGGUGUACUCCUGGUACCCGCAACACAUAAUAAAGCUUUCUUUGCAUU